GGACACCUCGGGGGCUGGCUGAGUGUCCCUGUGCCGCUGGAGCUGUCCCCGAGGCCGCGCCUCUGCCAUGGCAUCGCCGGGCACAGAGUCCUGAAGGUGCCCCCAUCCUGCUGCCGGCCAAGAUGGGAACCUCCGGGAAAACUUAGGCUGCCAAAAUCGCCCGGGGACGGGGGAAAAAGGAUCCAUGUGAGCCUUGUGGCGACUCGUCGGCGCUGGCUGGCCGUGAGAGCCGAGCAUGACCGCGUGCCAGCACCCCAUGGCGCCCGGGGCCCUGGAGCGGGACCGGCUGUACCAGCACAAGGUGUCCCUGGUGGUGCGCUACUUCAUGAUCCCCUGCAACAUCUGCCUCAUCCUGCUGGCCACCUCCACGCUGGGAUUCGCCGUGCUGCUCUUCCUCAAUAACUACAAACCCAACAGUUACUUCACGCAGACGCCAACGCCGCCGCGGGAUGGCUGCCGGGGGAUGCUGUGUGGCUUCGGGGCCGUGUGCGAGCGCAGCCCCUCGGAGCCGGGCCAGGCCUCGUGCGUGUGCCGGAAGGGUCCCUGCGCCCCCGUGGUGGCCCCGGUGUGUGGCUCCGACCACUCCACCUACAGCAACGAGUGCGAGCUGGACAGGGCCCAGUGCAACCAGCAGAGGAGGAUCAAGGUGGUCAGCAAGGGCCCCUGCGGCUCCAAGGACCCCUGCGCAGAGGUGACGUGCAGCUUUGGCAGCACCUGUGUCCCCUCCCCUGACGGCCAGGUGGCCAAGUGCGUGUGUCCCUCGUCGUGCAGCGGCGUCCCCGAGAGCCCCGUGUGCGGCAGCGACGGCCGCGACUACCGCAGCCAGUGCCACCUCAACAAGCACGCCUGCGACAAGCAGGAGAACGUCUUCAAGAAGUUCGAUGGCCCCUGCGACCCGUGCCAGGGCGUGCCGAGCGAGCCGAGCCGCGUGUGCCGCGUGAACCCGCGGACGCGGCGGGCGGAGCUGCUGCCCCGGCCCGAGGGCUGUCCCCCGGGCAGGGACCCGGUGUGCGGCGACGACGGUGUCACCUACGAGAGCGAGUGCGCCAUGGGGCGCUCCGCGGCCAUCCGGGGCAUGGACAUCCAGAAGGUGCGCUCGGGGCAGUGCCAGCAGCAGGACCAGUGCAAGGACGAGUGCAAGUUCAACGCCGUGUGCCUGAACCGGCGCGGGGCCGCGCGCUGCUCCUGCGACCGCAUCGCCUGCGACGGCGCCUUCCGGCCCCUGUGCGGCCGCGACGGCCGCACCUACGGCAGCGACUGCCAGCGGCGCCGCGCCGAGUGCCUGCAGCAGGCCAGCGUCCCCGUGCGCCACGGCGGGCCCUGCGACCUGGGCACGCCCAGCCCCUGCCUGAGCGUGGAGUGCGCCUUCGGGGCCACGUGCGCGGUGAAGAACCAGGAGGCCGUGUGCGAGUGCCAGCAGCAGUGCCAGGGCCGCUACGACCCCGUGUGCGGCACCGACCAGCGCACCUACGGCAACCCCUGCGAGCUGCGCGCCAUGGCCUGCCUGCUCCAGAGGGACAUCGGCCUCCGCCACAAGGGGCCCUGCGAGCCCUGCGGCGAGUGCCACUUCGGUGCCAUCUGCGAGGCGGAGAGCGGGCGCUGCGUGUGCCCCACCGAGUGCGUGCCCUCGGCGCAGCCCGUCUGCGGCACCGACGGCAACACCUACGGCAGCGAGUGCGAGCUGCACGUCCGAGCCUGCACCCAGCAGAAGAACAUCCUGGUGGCCGCCCAGGGCCACUGCAAGUCGUGUGGCAGCUCCGUGUGCUCCUUUGGUAGCCGCUGUGUGGGUGGGCAGUGCCUGUGCCCGCGCUGCGAGCGCCAGCCCCCGGCCCCGGUGUGCGGCACCGACGGCGUCACCUACGACAGCCCCUGCCAGCUGCGGGUGGCCUCGUGCCAGCUGCAGAAGAGCAUCGAGGUGGCCACCACGGGACCCUGUGAGGACGAGUGUGGCUCGGGGGGCUCCGGCUCGGGGGACGGCAGCGAGUGCGAGCAGGAGCGGUGCCGGCAGUUCGGGGGCUGGUGGGACGAGGACGCCGAGGACGAGCCCUGCGUGUGUGACUUCACCUGCGUGGCCGUGCCCCGCAGCCCGGUGUGCGGCUCUGACGGGGUCACCUACGCCAACGAGUGCCAGCUGAGGAAGACGCGGUGCGAGAAACGCCAGGAGCUCUUUGUCGCCAGCCAAGGAGCCUGUCGGGCCCUGGCCACCACCCCGCCACCCCUGCUGGUCGUGCACUGCAGCCAGACCGUCUACGGCUGCUGCCCCGACAACGUCACCCUGGCGCUGGGCGUGGGAGCGGCCGGAUGUCCCAGCACGUGCCAGUGCAACCCCUACGGCUCCUACGGUGGCUCCUGCGACCCGGGCACGGGCCAGUGCUCCUGCAAGCCCGGCGUGGGCGGCCUCAAGUGCGACCGCUGCGAGCCCGGCUUCUGGAACUUCCGCGGCAUCGUCACCGACGGCCGCAGCGGCUGCACGCCGUGCGGCUGUGACCCCGUGGGCUCGGUGCGGGACGACUGCGAGCAGAUGUCGGGGCUGUGCUCCUGCAGGACGGGCAUCACGGGCAUGAAGUGCACGCAGUGCCCCGCGGGCAGCCGGCUGGGCACCGCGGGCUGCGAGGAGGACCCCUCGGCCCCCCGGUCCUGCGAGGAGCUGAGCUGUGACUUCGGGGCCUCGUGCGUGGAGCUGAACGGCUUCGCCCACUGCGAGUGCCCGUCCCCGCUGUGCCCCGAGGCCAACGCCACCAAGGUGUGUGGCUCUGAUGGUGUCACCUAUGGGGACCAGUGCCAGCUGCGGACCAUCGCCUGCAGGCAGGGCCAGCGCAUCACGGUCAAGCACGUGGGGCAGUGCCACGAGUCCGUCACCCACGCGAGCCCCCCGGUGCCCCCCACGCCGCUGCCCACGCUGCCCCCGGACCGACUCCUGCUGCCCGCGCCCCCUCGGGCCACCACGCGAGCCCCGGUGGCCACCGGCUCGCCGCCGCCGCAAGCCAAGCCCACAGAACGAAGCCACCCCGCCACAAGGCGUGUGACAACGGCCAGGCCGGCCACCACGCCCUGGGUGACCCACGGCGUGCACAGAGCCACCGUCCGCCCGCUGGCCACCGUGCCCGUGGUGGUGGCCACCGGCCUGCCGGGCUACGGCGAGUCCGGCAGCGCCGAGGGCAGCGGGGACCAGGACAUGGGGACCAGUGGUGACCAGGAGUCCAGCGGGGCGGGAUCUGCCGGUGAGGAGGAGCCUGACGAGGGCCAGGUGACAGCCACGCCUGCCAUCGAGAGGGCCACGUGCUACAACAGCGCCCUGGGCUGCUGCUCCGACGGCAGAACCGCGGCGGCCGACGCCGAGGGGAGCAACUGCCCCGCCACCAAAGUGUUCCAAGGGGUGCUGAUCCUGGAGGAGGUGGAGGGCCAGGAGCUGUUCUACACCCCGGAGAUGGCCGACCCCAAAUCCGAGCUCUUCGGGGAGACGGCGCGGAGCAUCGAGAGCGCGCUGGAUGAGCUGUUCCGGGGCUCUGACGUCAGGAGGGAUUUCAGGAGCGUCCGCGUGCGGGACCUGGGCCAGAGCAGCGCCGUCAGGGUCAUCGUGGAGGCCCACUUCGACCCGGCCACGUCCUACACGCCCACCGACAUCCAGGGGGCCCUGCUGAAGCAGCUCCGAGCUUCCAAGAGAAAAACCAUCCUGGUGAAGAAGCCCCAGCAGGAGCACAUCAAAUUCAUGGAUUUUGACUGGAUCCCCCGCCUCUUCACCACCACCGUCACCACCACCACGGGCACCACCAUGGCACCGGCCACCACCCGCAGGGCGCCCGUGGCCACCACCCGCAGGGCGCCCGCGGCCCUGGGCGAGCCCGCGGCCACCGUGGCCACCACCCGCAGGGCGCCCGCAGCCACCGUAGCCUCGGGGUGGCACGGCGAGCCCACGGGCACCGUGGCCACCACCCGCAGGGCGCCCGCGGCCCCGGGCGAGCCCGCGGGCACCGCCGGGAGCCCCGGCCGGAGGAAGCCCACCCCGCCGGCCCCUGGCACGGCGCCCGCCCCGCGGCCCUGCGAGUCCCAGCCCUGCCUGCACGGUGGCACCUGCCAGGACGACGGGCACCACUUCACCUGCAGCUGCCCCGCGGGCACGGGAGGGGCCGUGUGCGAGAAAUCCCCCGGCCCGUUCGUGCCGCGCUUCGGGGGCCGCUCGGUGCUGGCGCUGCGGACGCUGCGCGCGUACCACACGCUGCGCGUCGCGCUCGAGUUCCGCGCGCUGGAGCCCGCGGGGCUGCUGCUCUACAACGCGCAGCGCCACGGCAAGGACUUCAUCUCGCUGGCGCUGCUCGGCGGCUUCGUGCAGCUGCGGAGCAGGGAGCCGGUGCCGCUGCACGCCAGGGUCGGCGUCCGGCUGGAGCGCAGCGGCCGCAAGGGCGUCCUGAGGGUCAACGGCGGCGCCGCGGUCACCGGGAGUCCCCGUUCUGGAUCUGAGUGGAAUUUCUCACCCUGGAAAUCCCGUAAGGUGCCUCACAUGGUGCUGAACCUGAAGGAGCCCCUCUACGUGGGGGGAGCCCCCGACUUCUCCAAGCUGGCUCGAGCAGCUGCCAUCUCCAGCGGCUUCGAGGGAGCCGUGCAGAGGGUGAGCCUGGACGGCGUGGCCGUGCUGAAGGAGCAGAACAUCCGCAGCGCCAGGGAGAUCUCCCCGUUCCGGGGGCACCCCUGCACCCAGAAACCCAACCCCUGCCAGCACGGCGGCGCCUGCAGCCCCAGCAUGCGGGGCUACCAGUGCUCCUGCCACAGGGGCUUCUCGGGGGCCCACUGCGAGAAGGCGAUCAUCGAGAAGGGCGGGGACGCCGAGGCCGUGGCCUUCGACGGCCGCACGUACCUGGAGUACCACAACGGCGUCACCAGGAGUGAGAAGGCGCUGCAGUCCAACCACUUUGAGCUGAGCAUCAAGACGGAGGCGACGCAGGGGCUGCUGCUGUGGAGCGGGAAGGGGCUGCAGCGCUCGGAUUACAUCGCCCUGGCCAUCGUGGACGGCUUCGUGCAGCUCAGCUACGACCUGGGCUCCAAGGGCGUCACCCUGCGCUCCAGCGUGCCCGUCAACACCAACCAGUGGGUGCACAUCCGAGCCUCCAGGGUGCAGAGGGAAGGCUCCCUGCAGGUUGGGAACGAGGCCCCCAUCGCCGGCUCCUCUCCUCUCGGGGCCACCCAGCUGGACACGGACGGGGCGCUGUGGCUGGGGGGGCUGGACAAGCUGAGCGUGCCGCAGCGCCUGCCCAAGGCGUUCAGCACGGGCUUCGUGGGCUGCAUGCGGGACGUGCUCGUGGACCGGCGGGAGCUGCACCUGCUGGAGGACGCCCUGAACCGGCCCCGGAUAUUGCACUGCUCGGCCAAAUAGAGCCCAGGGACCUCCCUCCCCCCCCUCCCCCCUGCCUAUUGCUGUAAUUAUUUUCUAUUUUUGUAAACUUAUUGCUUUUUAUAUUUUUGGGGGGGGGGACGGGGAGGGCAGGAAACCCUUUUUGCUUUCGGGUCCUUGGGGCGGCGAGCAGCAGAACGAAGCUCGGCCAAGGCUCCGGGAAGUGGCACCAGAGCUCUCCCGCUGCAGCGUCCAUCUUCUUCAUACUUGAAGCUUCUUUGUUUUGGGGUUGUUCUCCCCCUUUUUGCCCGGUGUUUUUGGGGGGGUUUGUUCCCAAAAACGACCCUGUUUUCCUGUGGGGGAAACGCUGCUGGUGCUGGCGAGGCCUUCACGGAUUCGCGGGGUGGGAAUUCCCACCCUGCUCCGGGCUCCGGCUCUUCCAAACCUUCUCCUGGCCCCGUGUUCACCUGAUUUCCUGCUGCCCCCUGUUCCUCUCACUGUAAUUUAUGUGUGUAAGGAUCUCAAGUGCUUUUCUCCUCCGAGCUCUGCUCAAAUCAGGGAUGCCACGCACUGGAAGGGAGAGAGCCGGGCCCAAGCUUGCCUCGGGACUCUUUGCUGGACUCAGAGCUGCUGGGGAGGCAAAAACGUGGAUUUUUCCAGCGGUUCUCCUCCUCCUCUUCCUCUUGGACACGUGCAGGAGCGGCUGUGAAACCUCAUUCCCACAUUUUGUGUUCAUCCAGACGUGUCCUGACCCCUCCCCGGCCACCGAGCCUUGGCCUCCCUCGUGCUGGGGAUCACUUGGAGCUCCUCUCCAAGAGCUGGGAAUUCUCUCCCUCUCCCAGAAGGAACCAGGAAAUUCCCUUUUCCGCCUCAGAGAUCUCUUGGAUGUGUCCUUCCGUGCCCCACAGCGUUCUCCAGCCUCUGGCAAGGCAGAGCUGCCGCUGGAGCCUCUCCCACGAAGAGAAUUUGGAAUUUUUCACCUUGGACUUGGAGUUUUUGGGUCUUCCAGGCUCCUCUGGAUGCUGCCAGCCCAGCAGGAAGGGCUCCAGCAGGAGCAGGAGCGAGGCCGGGGAGUAUCUGGGGGGAAUUUGAAGCAUUUUCCUCCAGGAAAUGAAAAUUUUGGGGCCGGUUCUGAAGUUCCCGGGGUGUGGCUGCAGCUCUGGACCUCCCGGGACGUGGAGAAGAGCAGGUGGAUCCCAGCUCUGGGAGAAAUCCCCUCUUCCAUUGGGAUUCUUUCUCCAUGGAAGGGUUUCCUGGUGUUUGGUGGCCUCUGGGUCCCUUUCCUAACCCUCAGCUGGAAUUUCUCCGUGGAAAAACAACUUUUGGGAAUUGGUCUGCGGGAUCCCGCCGGGUUCUGGGUGGGAGCUCCUGCCCAAGGUGCCAGAAUUUGGCUUUUUCCCCCCCCCUAAAUUUCUACCCCACCUUGCAGGGCACCCUUUGAAAUGGGGGUUUUGGCACCAACUUUUGAGGCAGGAAAGGUCAAAUUUCUUCUCUCAGGGUGAGCUCUGAACAAAGGUGGAACCAAGAGGGGAAACCUAUGGAAAAACCACUUGGAUCUGCUUUGAUUUCGUUUAUUUGAUUUAAAAAAAAAUAAAAUAAAUAAAUAAAUAUUCCCAACCCGUGA